CGUCCUUGGUCCAGGGAAAUGCUGAAGUCUUUUACUCUGCGUCCCUCUAAGUCCCUGUGGGAAAAGUUUUUCAGCAUGAAGAAGAAGAUCGAAGCCAGGAGGAGUAUUCUGCCCAGCAUUAACCCAGUUCUAGACAAGAGUGAGCCUCAUCAGAAGCUGUCGUCAGUUCCCCUGAAGCAGAACUUGUUUCAGAUUUCCCCACCAGAGGUGGUAUUUCAGAACUUUGUCACCCAUGAGGUCUCUGAAAUGGUGCUGUCUAUCAUGAAUAAGGACAAGUUUCCUCAGGUGGUGAAGGUCUCCAUGGAGAGCUCGCCUUACUUCCAGCUCACGUGCUCCAACGACGCGUACCGUGUCGUGCUGCCGGGCGCGUCCGCCCCCGUGCGCAUCCGCUUCACCCCCGAGGAGAACAAGGAUUAUUCCCACCAGCUCGUCUGCAUGACUGAAAGCGAAAGGAUAGUUGUGCCAAUUCGGGCCAUUGGUGGCCGAGCUAUCCUGACCUUCCCUGAGCAGCUGGACUUCUCGGCCUGUCCGGUCAAGUACAGCACCCAGAAGACUCUGCUGGUUCGCAAUGUCGGUAACCGGGCAGCUCAUUACCAGCUGAGCACCCAGAGUCCUUUCUCCGUGGUUCCGACCACGGGAACUCUGGGCGCUGGCGACAGCAUGCGGGUGACAGUGGGAUUUCACCCGCUGACGACCGGUGACCAUUCCGGGUGGCUGUGCUGCAACACCGGUGAAGAAACUAUCCACACAGAGCUCCACGGAGAAGCUGGAGCUGUCCGUGUUGGGUUGAGCACAAAUUUCGUGGAGGUUGAGACGACUUUCAUCACCAUGUCCAACCACGCAACCAUGUUCAUUAAAAACAGGAGUAACGUCACGGCUCACUUCCAGUGGAAGGCUUUUCCUACUGAGGAAGAGGAGAAUAAAGAGAAGAGGAGGUUGGUCUGACAGAUCCAUUUCAGUGAGAUACACGGCCCACGGCUAAAACUGACGUGUGGCCUCAGGGGGGUGUUGGUGCUUUUGAGUGCUUUAGGCCAAGGAAACCAUGCCUGGCUCUCAGGUGUGUGUCCCUGCUGGCUUCAGGAGCUCAGCACUUAGCAUUCCAGUUCCACUUCUACUCCAACCAAGGAUGGCAUUUUGGCAAGGAAAGGUUGGUUGCAAUGACUGGAUUUCCUCAAGUUCUCAUUGGGCUUUUGCCUCUCUGAUCUUCUUCCUCCAUGGCCUGGCAACAUCCUUCAACAGCUCACCCUCUUUCCAAAGGUGAUACACCCUCUUUUUUUCCCUUAGUUCCUUCAGAAGCUCCUUGCCCAUCCAGGCUGGUUGUCUUCCCUGUCAGCUCGCCUUUCAGCACACAGGGACAGUCUGUUCCUGUGCCUUCAAGACUUCUUUCUUGAAGUAUGUCCAUCCUUCCUGGACCCCUUUGUCUUUAAGGGCUGUUUCCCAGGGUUCUCGCCAAAUCAGUCUCUUGAACAGGCCGAAUCUGCCCUCCAGAAGUCCAGAGUGGAAGUUUUGUUGAUGCCCCUCCUUGUUUCACCGAAUAUUGAGAACUCUGUUCUUUCACGGUCACUGUAGCCCAGACAGUGGUGAAGAGAUGAAGUUCAUUUAGUCAUUAGGGAACUUCCUGGUGAUAUCCCUGCUGUACCUGGACCCCAGGGAGGCAGCAGACUGCCCUGUGGAAUGGAUCCAGUCGAUCUACAGGGCCCUCAGCUCCCCUUAGAAGGGAGU